AUGAUCAGAGUGUGGAUUUUAUGUUUGUUGCCUCUACUUGUUAAUGCAGAAUGCCCGACAGGAUGGAAGAAUUUCCAUAACAAGUGUUACUUUUUGUCGCAUACGUUAGAAACCUGGAUCGGAGCCUCGAUUAUUUGUCAAUCGUUCCACUCAAAGCUUGCAGAACCUAAAACAAAAUCCGAAAUCGGAUAUUUAUCCAGCGAAGUCUCGCAUGUCAGUGCUGGUGAGUUCUGGAUUGGGAUUACAGACAUUAUUGCGGACAACCAGUGGAUCUAUGAUUCAUCUUUGACUCCGAUAGAAAUAACAAAUUGGGGGCCAAACGAGCCUGGUGGGCACCUGGCAGAGAACUGUCUUAUCAUGUCUGCAUGGUUUCAUGGAAAAUAUGCCGAUGUUGAAUGUCAUACAAAGCGCAAAUUCAUUUGUGAAAGAGACGAACCGUAAGUUUU